AGGACGAGACGUGGUGUCAUCUCAACUACCACGCUCGUUCUGCUCGCUAUCUUGCUUCAACUGAUGGAUCUCGGUGGUAGCGGAGCUGGUGGCAGAGCUUCUGGGUGGCUAGGAGGAGGAGUAACGAUUGUGUCAGCUGCAUGUGAGUCACGUGUGAGCUGGUGGGACCCUACAGCUGGCGAAUGUGUACCGUGCACCAUGUGUGCGGAUCACCAGGUUGUCUUGCGACCGUGCCAGGAUUACAUGAACACGGUGUGCGGUACGAUGAAGGAUCUUACAGCAGCCGAUCACCGUUCUCACCCUCACUUACCAAUGGAUUCUCACGUCAACAGCAAUGAGAUAAUGCCUGGACGGGUCCGGGAUAAUCAUUGGAAAGAGGAGCGCCGGAAAGACGGAUCGGACGAUUCAUACCGACGAAUAACACCAGCUGCAGAUACCGAGGCGAUUUUAUGGGAUUGGCAGGUAGCAUCAUUGCUUCUUGCAAUCAUAGGUUGCUUAUUGUUUCUUCUGGCGGCGGCCUGCGUGGCGCUUAACCAAAGUCGCCAAUGGCGUCGUAUCGAGAAACAUUUUGACGCAGACAUGGAAGCAUUAUCGGCGCAGCUCGUGAGCCACCUGGCCAGUAUGCAACACAUCGAGAGCGGACCAAUAUUGCUGGAAAAUUUCGAUCAUGGCCGACUGCGCACUAGCGGGCAUCGUCAUCCCAUUGAGGUUCGCUGUGUGUAUCUAGACCAACUGUUGGAUGAAAAAUGUGUGCAAAAAGCUCGCGACGUACAGUCCGCCACCGGCAAUUUGUAUAUCGAAGAGUCUAUUGAAACGCCUCGUGUUCAAAUGCCGUCUCCAACCAUCGCCGCUCGUCCGUCACCUACUUAUUCAUCCAAAUCCCCAUCAUUCUCACCGAUUCGACACUUCUGA